CCCCAAUGCGGAAGGUGACGGUAAUGAACCGAAAAAGCAGUUCGCUAACAGCCAUUCCAGAAAAAGAACAAGAAACGGAUACGUCUGUUUUGUUUUCUUUCUUUUUUAAAAUCAUUUAAAACUCCAUUUGUUUAUUGUUGUUGUAAAUAUUACUUAAAAUCAUAAAAAAGAGGACGGAAUGAUCUGGGGCUGUGAAAGGUCGAGGCAGCCUCUCCAGUAGCUGUCACCACGGCGGGGGACCUGCGUAGCUCCGUCUGCAGGGUUGUCAUCUACCUCCAAAAGGACAUGUCUGGGGACAGCUGUCUUCCCCAGCAUCAUGUUCAGGAUACCCCUGCACCCCCAGCCCCUCUCAUGGCUUGUCCCAAGACCAAGACCUGCAGCUACCGAGGAGCCGUGGGUCUGGGCAACAAGUAUGUCCAUCUCAACGUUGGAGGAAUGCUGUUUGACACCACGCUGCAAGUUCUGACCAAACAAAAUUCCAUGCUGAAAGCCAUGUUCAGUGGAAAGAGAGAGGUUUUCACCGACAAAGACGGUUGGAUCCUGAUCGACCGUAGCGGGAAACACUUUGGCAGCAUCCUGUGUUUCCUACGAGAUGGAACCGUUGGCCUACCCAAAGGUCGGCAGGCCGUGCAGGAGCUGAUGGCUGAGGCCAAGUACUACCUAAUCCAGGACCUCGUAGAGCUCUGUCAGAACGCCCUGCUGGAGAAGAACGAGCAGCCUCUUUGUGUUAUACCUGUGAUCACUUCCUGUAGAGAAGAGGAGCUGCUCAUCCAGACCUCCUCUAAACCUGUAGUGAAGCUGGUGUACAACAGAAGCAAUAACAAGUACUCCUACACCAGUAACUCUGAUGACAACCUGCUGAAGAACAUCGAGCUGUUCGACAGACUGACGCUCAGCUUCAACAGCCGUGUCCUCUUCAUCAAAGACGUGAUCGGAGAUGAAAUCUGCUGCUGGUCCUUCUACGGUCAGGGCCGCAAGCUGACCGAGGUGUGCUGCACCUCCAUCGUCUACGCCACAGAGAAAAAACAGACUAAGGUGGAGUUCCCUGAAGCUCGUAUCUACGAGGAGACGCUGAACUCCUUGCUUUACGAGAAGAUGCCGCUCCCUGAUAACUCCCUGCUGGAGGUCACUCGGCGGACCUACAACAACAGUGGCUCUCACAGUGAAGACGAGGAAGAUGGAACCAGAGGAAGUGAGCUGUGCGAGCGCGUCCGCCGUAUCCACGUGAAGCGGUACAGCACGUACGACGACCGCCCGCUGGGACACUGAGACUAAAACCCACCAGUCUGAUGGAUUUCACCGCUAUUUUUCAUCAUGGACUUGAAAAGAUGUUUUUAACAAAAAGUUUCAGUGGGAAAUCAGCUGAUCGCUCAUGCUUUUCCCUGACUGUCCACCCGGAGGUCCUCAUCCUGACCUAACAGUGUGAUUCUACUCCAGGGGGAAGUCACUCUGUUACCAAACCAUCAACAGCUGUGAUGUUUAUUAAAGGAAAGGAAAGGGACACUUCUGUUGUGGUUUAUUGGUAAAUAAAAUGUUCAAAUCCUCAGUUACACAAGAAAGAAAGCACAUUUCCUUUUACAGAUUGUUUUUACCUUUUUGCAGCCGGUAGUUUGAACCCGUGCCUCUGAUAGGACGUAAUGCUGCUCGCCUGAGUGCCUUUGGCCAGAUGUGAAAAUAAAGAUUUGUGUUAUUCUCA